UAUUUUUCAUCGUGCACAUGGCACGCGGUUUUCGCGGGCAUCAGUCGGACGUCGGGUUGGCGCUGCAAUAGCACGAUCACGCGCGCGCCGUCCGGUUUACAAUCGUGUUUUUUCGUGUUUUUAUUAUUAUUAAUUUUACCAUUCGCGUUCCGUUUCCCCACGACCACGUUUAUAAUACCGUUUAUGGCGUGUCGCGAUAAAUAUCUUAAAUCGUAUAUUAAAUUCGUUGUAGGUACCCAUAUAUAUUAUAUUUUGAUACGUUUUUGAAUCUUAUUCCUGAUGUGCCACCAAAACACUGUGACAAAAUCAUCACCGCUGUGUACACAAUAAUAUACACUAAAUCUGUUAUACUAUUGUAGUAUAUAGGCACCGCUGUUGUUGAUCAAUCGCGACUCCCGAGACUUUUCCGCAACAAUGACCGAAAAGCCUAGGGUCGUGUCAGCGUGCAUGAAACGUAUCAUUCGGACCAACGGACGGGCGCAACAGAGACCUUUGAUAUCAGGCUUGGUGACGGCCACGUUGGGGGACCAUUCCGCCUGUGCCGGUGCUGGCGACGAGACGUUCAGCGGCCGGAGCGUGGCCGAAGUGCGAGCCGGACACCUGUUGAUCCGGUGGAACGGGCCGGCCGGUUACUGUUGGAAGCUACUGCUCCGGUACCUAAACCUCACGGCCACCGAGCACGCCACCUACGGGUUCAGUCUCGUGCGGCCCGGCUCCAAAUCGCCCAUCGUCACCGUACUGGUGGACACCGAUACGGACUACCAUCACUGGACGACGACCAUUGCGGGGCAACUUCUGAGCCAAACACCAUUGGACGAUGUCAAGUAUCUCGAUAUACUCGGCAUUGUGACCGACCAUGCACCAUUUCGACGAUAUUCGUCAACAGAUUCAUUGAUGACGUCUACAUCUAAACAUAAAAAAACCAGCUUGGAUAUUCAAGAAAUCAACAAUAAUCAUAUGCCUUUAUUUAGUUCACGUGUGUACAAGAAGAAUGUUUCACAUUUGCCAGACUUGAUCAGAGAAUGCGAACAAUUACGUAGAUCACCCGUCAACGAGUUUUCAGACUUAAUACCAGUUAAACAGAAACGCAAGAUAUUUGAAGAAUCAGUCACUUGUUCUUCAAAAAGUGUGGAUAAUUUACAUGAUCUUUCGUCUCACGUAACAAACAUUAAGUCUAGGUCAAUGAACAACUUGGAUUUGGAUUUAAGAUCUGUGCCUGUGAAAGACAUUUGUAGAUAUUUCGAAAGCAGAUUCAAUAAUAAUGAAACCAAUACCAUACAAUUUAGAUCACUCUAUUAACUUAAAUAUCGUUAACAAAAGUGAGUUAUAGGUGAUACAAUGUUUAUUAGACAUUAUGUAAUGACCUUUAGAUGAAGAAAAUGUUCCAAAGAUUUAUGAAACUAUUAUGAUAAUAUAUUACUUAAUGUAUACUCUUAGUCAUUAAUAAAUAAUUUUGUUUUUAAAUAAAUGAAAAACAAUCAAAAAUUUUGUAAUUUAUAUAAAUGUUGAGCUAAAAAUAAUAAUAAACAUAAAUAUUUGCGUUCUUAACAAUAUCAAAAACAAAUUACAAUUUAAAUUUCAUCUUAAAAAUGGAAGAAAUUGUAUACAUGGGUAAAAAACCAAA